CUAGGAUUGUGUCGCAGCGUCUCCCCCCCCUGAGGCGCUCACAGCUGCUGUUGGACUACAAGUUCACAUCGGAAAGAGGCUCCAUCUCCGUCCCCUACUAGCCAGGGGCGACCACACGGAGCAUCGAGACGUGUAAAUGGAGUGUACAUCGUGGUCGUGACUGUCCUUCACCGCCUCUCACCCUGCAGAAGACUGCGUUGAAGUUGCAGCAGCAUCCCCACCACCGCGGCUCCUCUCCUCUGCAGUCAUGGGCACCGUCCUCUCCAUAUCUCCGGCGUCGAAGAGGGCGUCGAUUAUGGACGCGGGAGAGAGCGCAGGAGACGGAUUCAAGCCUGACAAGAGCCUCAAGCGCCACUCCAUGUUCGUGGCUCUCUCCUGGAAGAAGCUGGUGGCCAGUUCGGCCAAGAAGAGUGCCAAGAAAGUGACCCCGAACCCGCUGCCCACGCGCGAUGUGCAGUGCACUCAGAUCUCCCAGCUGAACAGCGUCAACAACAGGAAGACGCACCAGAACGAGGAGAAGAAGCCCAAAGCGCCGAUCCCAGUCCCGGUGCCCACGGUGCCCACAGUAACCAAGCAGAAUGGCGAGAUGGUACAGAACGGGAGGCUGUCCUCGGUGCAGAAGCAGCCCAGCAGCCAGUCUCUGGCGUCACCGCGGCGGGUCAUCAUCCAGGCUUCCACCGGGGAGCUGCUGCGCUGUUUGGGGAACUUCAUGUGCCGCAGGUGUUUUAAACUGAAAGACUUGAACAGCGGGGAGGUGAUCCUGUGGUUCCGGAACAUUGAUCGGACUCUCUUGCUCCAGGGCUGGCAGGAUCAGGGCUUCAUCACGCCGGCCAACCUGGUGUUCGUGUACCUGUUGUGCGAAGACACGAUAGAGGACAGCAUCGCCAGCGCGGCCGAGCUGCAGGGCACCUUUCAGACUUGCCUUUACCUCGCCUACUCCUACAUGGGCAACGAGAUCUCCUACCCGCUCAAGCCGUUCAUGAACGAUGCGAAUAAGGACGUUUUCUGGGAGAACGCGCUCCGGAUCAUCAGCAGGAUGAGUGCCAAAAUGCUGCAGCUCAAUGCAGACCCGCACUUUUUCACUGAGGUCUUCCAGGACCUCAAAAACCAGCGAGACAGCAACGAGUCAAGCCUGGACCGCUGACAUGGAGAUAAACAAGACUCUGGUGAAUGUUUUUAGCAAAAUCACACUGGUGGUUUUGAAUGUAAAGGCCAGCUGAAGGCUUCACACGUCUGGGCUGAUUCUCUCUCUCUCCCUUUCUCUCUCAUAUGAUAUAACUUCAGUGUAGGCUACAGUAGGAGAUCUCAUAAAUGCAUGCCAACGGUGUAUUGUCCUCUUUUGUCUCAUCCCCAGAGGGAUUUCAUUCAUGAUUAGCCCUGUUUGUGGGUCAGUGAGAGGAUGUCGCAGUGAGGUGAGCUUCCAGGCAGGACCGGAAUAGCUGCGCGUGCGUGUGUAUGUGCAGGGGGAAAAAAAGGAGAGGAGGAGCUGUCCGAGGUGCUGACCUGUGCAGCCAUUUCUCUACCUUCACUGCUAUUUCGGUCACUUCGCCACAACACAGUCAAGCGUGGCUUAAGAGGACAGAAAUAAGCCCAGUACACUUUCAGAGCAUAAGCCUAAGCCUCCCAGGUAAAGGUAGACACUGACUGAAGGCCUACAUUGUGCUUUUUAAAACCUCUGCAUGCAGUAAAACAUGCAACAAGAUGUCAGACACAUUUAUUUAUGAGGACAGUAUUCUCAUUGGUAGAUAUAUUAGGAUAAAAUUGUGUUUUCAUGCGACCUUUGCACCUGAUUUGGAGGACUGUGUUUGUGGAUCUCUUCAUGUAGUGAAAACAAAUUUACACACACACACACAAAAACACCUCAUAAUGAAUUGAAAUAGCCCGCCAAGAUUGCUCUGCACAGGUGCAUUACCUGUCAGAGGGCAGCAAUGCAAAUGUAGUGAAAGGACUACUCUCCCCCCUGGAAUGUGAUCAUCUGCACCAAAUGCAAUCGAAGGCCUGUGCCGUGCACUGAUUUCCAGUGCACUGCAGAAGCCGUUAUAACAGUGUUACUCAACCCGGCUCAAACAAAAAUACCUUUGCAAGAGCCAAAUUUUAUGUGGUGAAAAGUGGCAAAAAUGGGUUAAAGUGGAAAUAAAAACAAGUUAAAGUG